GGUUAGUUAUCAGGAAAAAGUGAUAAUCAUAACAAAAAAGUGUUUUUGUUAUAUUUUUAUAAUAUUAUGAAUUAAAUAUGAUUCGAUUGAGAAUUAAACAAAGUGCCAAGUAUGGAGUAGUUUUAAAAUUUAAUAUUAAGAAAGAAAGAUUUUCAACUAAAUAUGUGAAUAAUUUAAAUAUUAAGAAACAAAAUGAAAUAGCUGAAACAACAGAACCUUCUAAGCUAGAUAAUAAUUCCAUAUGUGAAACGCAAUCAAAUCAAAUAACAUCUAAAAAAAAUAUUGUUUAUAAAGUGCUUAAACAAAAAAAAGAUAAGAAAAUUGUACGAGUAAAAGAAAAAGAAGAUUUGGAAUUAUCAAGAAAACCAAAAGUAAAUGAAGUAAAAACUAUAAAUAAAUUUAAAAUUAUGGAAAAUUUAAAAUCAUUUUCUAUUUUUGGUUCUGAAACAAUAGAAAAUUAUGGUAUACAAUGUGUUGAGAAUAAUAUAGAUUUGAAUAUUCCAAGUGUAACAAAUAUUCUUAAUGAAACUAUGUCUUUGGAAGUCAAGGCUAGUUUAGAAAGAUGGAAAAAAAAUAUGAUUGAUACGUUUGGAGAAACAGAGUUUGAUACAUAUCAUAAAGAUCUAUUGAAUAGUGGUAAAUUAUUUCAUUCCGUUAUUAAAAAUGUAUUGUCAUAUGAAGAAACUAUAAUUCCACCUUCUAUUAAAUCAUUAUAUUGUAGCAUAGAACCGAUAUUAAAUGAUAUACAAACAACUUAUGCACUUGAAGAAAAUAUAUUACAUCCAACAUUAAGAUAUAAAGGCAUUGUAGAUUGUAUUGCUACUUAUAGGGAUGAGAUAUAUUUAAUUGAUUGGAAAAAAUCAGAAAAACAAAAGGCAUCACUUAGUGCAACUUUUGAUGCACCUAUACAACUUGCUGCUUAUAUUGGAGCUGUAAAUGCUUCAAAUAAAUAUUCAUUUAAGGUACAUAAAGGAUUAGUUGUUGUUGGUUAUACAAAUGGAAAACCUGCAAAUGUUCAUGAAUUGAAAGAUAAUGCUUUACAAUUAGCAUGGGAAAAUUGGUUGGAAAGAUUAGAAAAAUUUUAUAAGAACAUGAAUAAAAAUAAUUAAUAUAUUUUGUAUCUAUAUAAAGAAAUAUUCUAUAUUAUUUUU